AUGGCCCAGCACAUUGGUGCGUGCAAGGGCAUAUCACGUAUCCAUCUUAUAUCAGCUCCGUGAUGAAUGCUGCGGCAACAAUUGCUUUUUAUGAAGCCAGGCACCAAUGGACGAGGGCUAGCUGACGCCAUGUCACCGCUGACCGCGCCACAGAUCACCGACAUGUAAUCAUUCAUAUCCAGUAUUUUUUUGUGCCGAAGGGGUCACCAUUCACUCUUUUUUUUAUUGGGCGGGCAACUAGUGACCGAACCUUUAGUGAAGAAAACCUUAAAAAAAAACAACCACAAAGACCAUCAAGAAACGUCCUCCAAAAAACCCACCAAAUGUAAAAAAGAAUAUAUCUCAGGAAUUGUGCCACGAUGUGGAAGUGUUAUUAUUAGCUACGGAACGGAUCUUUUUCCUCGAUUGUGGAAUCCGGUCAGAUAUGCGGUCAUCCUGUGCUGUGGGCUUUGUCGGUGAGCGCACGGGCAGUGAACAUGAAUGGAUGAGGCCGUGGAAACUGAAGUAGUCAGUGACAGCCUGCCUGGCAGUGAGGAAGGCGAGCUGGACAUUGACCUGGACAUCAACGGCAGACUGGAGGACACCAUCAAGCGAGAGCGGCCGGAGGAGGUGGAUGAGGUGGAUGAGGAGGAAGAGGACCGAAGAGGAGACACUGCGGGUAGCCAGGAGGGUCUAGUAGAGGAAGGGGCAGUCAAAGCAGCAGCAGUGGGUGUACAGAAGGGCCUAACUGGCUACCAGUGCCGGCUCUGCACCGUCCUGCUGUCAUCUCAGGGAGCUCUGGAUGAGCACAUGAACAUUCACAGCGGCUCGCGGCCCUACAAGUGUCGUGAGUGUAACUUCAGCUGCUCGUUGCAGAACACCCUCGCCCAGCACCUGGCCGUGCACAGCCACCCGAGGGCUGAUAUGAGCAGCCAGUCGUGGUUGGAACAGCAGGUACAACAGCAGCAGCAACAAGUGGCGCUGUACAACAAUCACCACCACGUAGACCGGCCUGAGCUCCACCCACCGGUGCCCCUCCCGCCCCGAAUGCCACUCCCUGAGAACCACAACCCAAGCCUCCCGUUCUCCACCGCUGUGGAGCAGGCCCUCAUGCCCUCAGGGCUGCCCAGCUUUCCAGACCAGGGCAAGGUGUUCCAGUGUAAGCUCUGCACCCACGUGUCGCCGACCAAGACGCACCUCAAUGAGCAUAUGAAUGUUCACACUGGCAAGAAGCCCUACAAGUGCUUGGUGUGCGGUUUUAGCAGUGCCUUUCGAAGCAGUCUUAUGCGUCACCUCAUCGUCCACACAGGCACUAGCAAACAGUUCAAGUGUGAUUCCUGCCACUACCAGACUCCUUAUAAGUGUAACCUGCAAGCCCACAGACGCAAACGUCACAACUCCAGUUCCCUGGACGGUGUUGACAUGAACUACCCACCCAUUACCGCCCAGAACCAGACCCCCAUGGAGGACAGCCCCCCGCUGCAAUCUCACGGCAAACUGUUUUCUUCCGAAGAGCAAGCCCGAUACCUCAUGCAGUCAGAACUGGCCAACUCUGCCCAUCCAACUCAGUCCCACGAAAACUCAGGAAACCGUCGGCAUUCACUUUCGCCGGACGACCACGAUUCCUCAGCGUCUAACGACACACACGAGUCAGCAAGGAUCAAUAACUCUCAGGUGCCCUUGCUGAAGGCCAGCGACAUCAGUAGGUACAACUCAGACGGGUCUAUAGUACCUCAGUCCCCCGAACCACCCGUGCUAGAGAAGAACUCUCUAGUAAGCGAAUCCGAGAUGAAUGAGAGGCCCAAGUCAGGUGAAGUGCUGGACUACUCAAGCCCGUCCAUGAGUAACAACGUCCAUGACUUGAUUGCCAAUGCAAGCACGACACAGAGUCCUAUUUCUAUGCUGUCGAACUCUGUGUCUUCAGCUGCUUCAGCAUUAGGGAUGUCCUCUGCAGUAUCCUUUGCAGGCAGUGUACCCAGCACCAUGGUCACCAGCAUUCCAAGCACUUCACCCCAACAACAUCCACUCAGCGAGAUUUCUGUCAUUACACCACUUCAGUGGGCCGGCGCAGGCUUCCCCAUCUACCGACGCAAGAAGGAAGGUGGGGCCCGCAAGCGAAAGCGCACCCCCCUCCCCAAACGCAACUACCUCAUUUCCCCCAACGGUGAAGAGCUCAACAACUCCUGGGCCGACACCCGGCCGGAGAUCUCCGACUACGUGCGUGGUGGUGGUGGGGAGCCCCAACCCAGGCAAUACUGCCAUGUUACUCAGGCCUACAGCUUCAAGUCAGAGGAGAGUCUGCCUUAUGCAAUCAAGUCGGGAGGUGUGAAUGGCGUGGACCUCUCUGCAGGUCCCAGAGAGAUGGGAUAUCCAGACAUCGAGCCCGUGAGUAACAGCUCAGUCUCGCCAGUCAGUCAGGUGGCAGAUGAUACCCCAGAUGAACGCAACCUGCUACCUCAGGGAAUGCCGGCCAUGAUGGACUCCCAUCCGGACAACUUAGCCUUCAACCAGUCCUGUCAGGCUACCCAGACUGACUUGCCAUAUGCUACGGGUGAUUCCUCAGGUAAGUUGGACGGGCAGGCCCAGACAGAUCAGGUGGGGCUGGACCCUUCCGCCAUCCCCAGCAACCUCCUCAAGUGCCCCCACUGUGAGACGUUCUUUGCAGACCAUGUCAUCUUCACGCUGCACAUGAGCUGUCACGGCAGUCGCCAUCCCUUGCAGUGCAGCAUCUGUGGGUAUGUCUGUAGGGAUAAGAUUGAGUUCACCUGCCACAUUACGCGCAGUCAGCACAUGCGAUAAAACAACCACACCAAUUUCCACGUGUUCCCCCUGUGUCAUACUUUUAUUUUAGAAAGUGCCAGGGGGAAACCCAUCUUCUUUUUUCCCCCCUUUUUUUUCUUCGGUUUAUUCAGCGAUUACCUCUUGCGGACCACUUUGUACGAUGUGAAAUCUUGAUAUUUGUGGAACUCGAAGCUUAACUCAGGGAGAAUGAAAUAUUAAAACUUAAGCUGCCAUGUCUCGUCAAGAUUGUGUGUCAUGUCCUGUAUGUAUGGUUCUGUUGUAAGAGUUAAAUUUAAGCGGUUUAAGAGAAGUAUACAGGUAAUUAAUUCUAAAUUGUUUUGUAUAAAAAAAAAAGAUGUCUAUAUGUAAAAUGCACUCGCAGGUGGAAUAUAUAUAUUAAAUGAGUGCUUUUAUUGCGAGGUCACCAUGUGGCCGACAUCUCAAUGUGCCGCAACGCCGUGUAUAAAAAAGAAAGAAAACUUCAAACAACCAGUCUUGAUAAUAAUAGGUUGAGUUUCGACUUUUCAAAGUAGUAUAUUUGUAGUAGAUUAUCUAGAUUCAGCCUAUAAUCAUGAUUACCUAACGCCAUGCAGGCAGUUCGUUCUCUCUUUGGUGACGAAAGAGGCAAUGUCUGUCAGUUGAUGUCUUUUUUUUUUGUGUGAGAUGCUUUUAUGGGAAGAAGACUACAACAACAAAAAAGGACCAUGUUGAAAAGAAGAUAGGAGCUUGUCUUUUUUUUACCGCGAGAUCUGAGAAUUUCUUUAAACUGAAACGGAUAAACUGAAAUCUGGCCAAAGGCUGUCACAGAAAGAAGAUAAGCUAUGAACUUUUUGUUUUCCAUGCGGAACAAAUUUACAGCAGAGAUCAUUUAACAAAAGAAGGAAGACUGUUUUAAGGCCCGGUGCACACCUAAACGUGUAGGAUUCUGCUACUCGCGUUAUCCCAUUGCAUCAAUCCCUUUUUGACUUGCCUAGAAAUCAAAUCACAAAAGGCGUGAUCGCCUUGCGCGAAAAACACCGCACGCAUUCUGCAUGAUUUAUACAUUUUCUCCGCACUGCGGUUAAAAAACUGCAUUGCGACAAACAAUCUGCAACAACCGGUCAAGACGGCGUGAUCCGGAAACGAAAUACUCAGAUCGGCGGAAAAUUUGUUGUGUCGAUGUGGAGAGCAAAAAAAAAAAAAUGACAGUAGAUGAAAAAGAUUGAUUGCUUUUCCAGCAGUCGGUGCCUUCAUGUUUUACAGCAUUUACUUGUAUUUGUGGGUUACGUGGCUUAGUUUGAAUAGCUUUAGAUUGCCUUGCACAAUUUUCCUUUUUCUGGUUUUUUCUUUUCUUUUUUUUAAAAUUUAAAGUAAGGGUUCUUUGAGGAAAAAAAAAGAAAAGUAUGAAAAGACAAACUACAGGCGGCCUUCACAUUGUAAAUACUUGCUUAUGGCGCAAUGUUUUUAAUUUUUUUUUCCCCCUGCUUCAAUUUCAGUUUACAGAUUGAGAUUUUUACGGUGCACUGAUUAUUUCUUAAAAUAUAAAUAUAACCUUGCAGCUAGCAACCUUUUAUAAAAAAAAAA